AAUUUGGCAAGUCAAUCAAUAUUCAGACAGACGCAGCCAAAUUCGCAGUUUUUGGUUUUAACUGUUUGAAUUUUGCGUUAGCAUAUGAUGAACGUGAGCCGACCGGCGAUUCAUCCGGUGGAUGUGAUUCCGGUGACUCCAACUGGCGGAGCUAACGAUAGACCACCAGUGAGGAUGAAGGAUGUUCAGGGCAUGCCCGGAACCACCGGCGGUCUCAUCCUCCGCCUCUCUCAGUUCGUCCCCGCUCUCAUCUCCGUCUCCGUCAUGGUCACCACCUCCGAUUUCCGCUCCGCCACCGCAUUCUGUUGCUUGGUUCUUGCGGUUGGCCUGCAAAGCAUGUGGAGCUUGUCUCUUUUUGUAAUCGAUGCUUAUGCUCUUCUGGUGAGAAGAAGCCUUCGGAAUCACUUUGUUGUUCAAUGUUUCACAGUUGGAGAUGGAAUCACAUCGACACUUACGUUUGCAGCUGCGUCUGCGUCUGCUGGCAUAACCGUACUCAUCAACGAUCUUGAUAAAUGUAACGUCAACCACUGCACAAGGUUCGAGACAGCCACAGCGAUGGCCUUCAUCAGCUGGUUUGCUGUGUCUCCUUCCUUUAUUCUCAACUUCUGGUCCUUAGCCACGCUAUAAACGGGACACAAGAUUUAGAGUAAAAGUUGGGAGAAAUCUAUCUGCCAAGUAUAAUGUAAAUAAAGGGUGGAGUGUAAUCAUUGUUCGAUUUAGCCAAUGUUUUGGAACAGAUAUUAAAUCAGAAAACCACAGUAUUAGAAAACAUUUUGCGUUAUUGGCCCGACUUAUGAUGUCACUUUCCCUUAAGUCAUGGUUGAG